CCCUCCGCCUCCCCCUCCCCUUCUCAGAGCCCAAAAGACCGAAUAAGCCCAAAACCUCCAACUUGCCCGUCGUACUUCCGUUGGAUCCACCAAGAUCUAAGCCCAUGGGCCUCAAAAGGCAUCUCAAGGCCCACCCUUCUACGGGCUAAGCCCAUGGCUGCUUUCCGGCUGACUGUAAUAAAAGGCCGGGCCUAUUUGGAAAAGUAUCAUAACGUGUUUCAAACUAGAGACGUCUUCACGCUGUGGGGGAUUUUGCAGUUGUUGAAUUUGUACCCUGGCCGGGUCCCGGAUUUGGAUUUGAUGUUUAAUUGUGAGGACAUGCCGACCGUUAGGGCCCAUGAUUAUUUGGGCCUUAGUGGGCCCCCACCGCCUUUGUUUCGGUAUUGUAAGGAGGAUGCUACCGUCGAUAUUGUGUUCCCGGAUUGGUCUUUCUGGGGAUGGCCUGAGAUCAAUAUAAAGCCGUGGGUGACACUGAGCAAAGAGAUCAAGGAGGGAAAUAAGAAAAUAAAGUGGAAAGACAGGGACCACCAUGCUUAUUGGAAGGGAAAUCCUGGUGUGGCGAGAACUAGGCAAGAUCUCAUGAAGUGCAAUGCCAAUAAGAACAAAGAUUGGAAUGCUAGGCUCUAUGCUCAGGAUUGGGGCAAAGAGAUAAACAAAGGAUUCAAAACCUCAGACUUGGCUAGCCAAUGCACACACAGGUUCAAGAUUUACAUAGAAGGAAGGGCGUGGUCAGUGAGCGAGAAAUACAUUCUGGCGUGUGAUUCGCCGACGUUAUUCGUCGACACGCGGUUCGAUGACUUCUUCACCCGAGGGUUGAUGCCGGGGCAGCAUUAUUUGCCGAUACGUGAUAAUGAUAAGUGCAGGUCGAUCAAGGCUGCGGUUGACUGGGGCAAUGCACAUCAAGAUAAGGCACAAGCAAUUGGGAAGGCGGGAAGCAACUUCAUUCAAGAAGAGCUCAAAAUUGACUACGUAUAUGAUUACAUGCUUCAUUUACUAACAGAAUACUCAAAACUACUGACGUACAAGCCAACGAUUCCCGAAAAUGCGGUGGAGUUAUGUUUAGAAUCAAUGGCUUGUAAAGCCCAAGGAAGAGUGAAGGAAUUCAUGACUGAAUCCAUGGUGAAAUCUCCUCAUGAUUCCGAACCGUGCACAAUGCCUCUACCUUUUGGUACAGAUGAGCUCAAGGAGUUGUUAGAGAGGAGAGCUAAUGUCACUGCUCAAAUUGAGAGAUGGGAGUAAAGAAACAUUGUAAAUGUUUAUAGUAUGAUCAGAUAUGAAUACAGAUACAGAUAUUGUUCUGUUUUUCUGAUAAGAUACAGUUACAGCGUAGAUAAAAUA